AUGUCGGUUGUGGGACGCUUCCGCUUAUUUGUUCCUGGUGCGACCGCCAAGCCAGCUCCUAAACUGGGACAAGCGCUGGGUCCGCUAGGCAUAAACAUGAUGACUUUCUGCAAGGAUUUCAAUGCGCGAACGACCAAAGUGCGCCCAGAGGUUCCUUUGCAAUGCACCUUGGUACCUCGAAGCGAUCGCACCUACAAGUUCUUCCUGAGGACCCCAGAGUCACCCUGGUUCCUCCUGCGCUGUGCGCGGCUUCCAAAAGGGUCUGACUUUGGUCAGGGGGCCCCGCCAGUUGGCAAUGUCACCUUGAAGGAGCUUUUCCACAUUGCUAAGGCAAAGAGCAUGGAUCCACAGCUCAUCGGAGUUCCGGUGCGAACGAUCUGUCUUGCCCUGAUGCGAUCAGCCAAGCAGAUGGGAAUCAAGAUUUCUCGGGAGCUAGAGCCGGAGUUCUCCAAACGCAAUGAUCAGCCCGUUGAGGGCUUGGAAGAAAAGAGGAAGCAGUUGAGACUACUCAACAAGGCACAGAAGAAGGGAAAGGGCAAGAAGUGA